CACGCCUUCAUCUCAACCUUGACUGAUCCCCCCCCUUCAAUGUUAUGUGUUAUCCUUACAGCUAACGGUUGUUAAAUCAAAUGUAUUUAUAUAGCCCUUCGUACAUCAGCUGAUAUCUCAAAGUGCUGUACAGAAACCCAGCCUAAAACCCCAAACAGCAAGCAAUGCAGGUGUAGAAGCACGGUGGCUAGGAAAAACUCCCUAGAAAGGCCAAAACCUAGGAAGAAACCUAGAGAGGAACCAGGCUAUGUGGGGUGGCCAGUCCUCUUCUGGCUGUGCCGGGUGGAGAUUAUAACAGAACAUGGCCAAGAUGUUCAAAUGUUCAUAAAUGACCAGCAUGGUCGAAUAAUAAUAAGGCAGAACAGUUGAAACUGGAGCAGCAGCACAGUCAGGUGGACUGGAGACAGCAAGGAGUCAUCAUGUCAGGUAGUCCUGGGGCAUGGUCCUAGGGCUCAGGUCCUCCGAGAGAGAGAAAGAAGGAGAGAAUUAGAGAACGCACACUUAGAUUCACACAGGACACCGAAUAGGACAGGAGAAGUACUCCAGAUAUAACAAACUGACCCUAGCCCCCCGACACAUAAACUACCGCAGCAUAAAUACUGGAGGCUGAGACAGGAGGGGUCAGGAGAUUUCCUCCUGUGAUCUUUGUGACUAUCAAACAAAUCCUGUAAUUUGCAUAACGAUUCCACCCUUCAACAUUAUAUAUUUUUUGCAUUAUGUAUGUGGUUCUUAGUUUUCGCCUGCAACUACCGUAAUUGCUGGACUAUUAAGCGCACCUGAAUAUAAACCGCACCCACUGAAUUAUUAAAAAAUAUGUAUUUUGUACAUAAAUAAGCCGCACAUGUCUAUAAGCCGCAGGUGCCUACCGGUACAUUGAAACAAAUGAACUUGGUCACUAUCUUCCUCCUCUUGUACACUGAAACCACUGAAGUCAUCUCCUUCUGUGUCGGAGUUGAAUAGCCUCAGAAUUGCUUCAUCCGAUGUUGGAUCGUUUUCAUUGUCGCUCUCGUCACUUUCAUCCGGAGGCAAAUACCCCGCUGAGCUCAUGCUGCCCCUUCAACACGCAGCAGUCCAGCCUUUCGAAACCCGUUGAUGAUAGUGGAUUUUUUGACAAUGCUCCACGCUGUCAGGACCCACUGGCAGACUUGACCAUAAGUUGCUCUUCGCAUGCGGCCCGUUUUAGUGAAGGAUUUCUCCCCACUUGUCAUCCAAGCCUCCCACUGAACAAGGAGCGCCACCUUAAAUGCACGAUUUACACUGAUGUCGAGUGGCUGCAAAUACUUUGGGCCAUCUGCUUUUCUUCCCUCUGAAAGCUUUUGUUGUCUUUUUGCACUGAGUCAGUUCUUCGCGCUACUGUUUCCAACGUCUUAUCAUCGACUAAUUAAGGCCAAGCUCCCGUGCAGCAGCUCGAUUUCCUUUUCCAACAGCCAGAUCGAUCACCUUCAACUUGAAAGCUGCAUCAUAUGCAUUUCUCCGUGUCUUUGCCAUGAGGGUGACAAAAUUACUUGGGAAGUUUGAGCGCGCUCGAUUUACGUCACAUUAUGUGACGGUGCUCAGUUUUUUGGUGGCAUGAAUCUUGUGAAAGCGGGAAAAAUCCAUAAAUUGGCCGCGUCAUUGUAUAAACCGCGAGGUUCAAAGCGUGGGAAUAAAGUCGCGGCUUAUAGUCCGGAAAUUACGGUAACAGUUUGUUGGUUUGGUGUUCAAAACGAUGCAUACUACCUUCCCGCUUCCUGUAGCUCAAACAACCACACUAGGUUCUAACCCGAUGUGACACAAACAACUUGGCAUUGAGGAGGUAAAGCGGGCAUUGUUAUUAGCCUUUCAUAGUUCCUCAGCACCUGGUCCCAGUAGCUGAGUUCUAGUGCAUCUUUCCCUCCCCCCUCUGCACACACACAGGUCACCCAGUGACAUUGGAUGUAAUGUGCAUUGACAUGCUGGAACUGUCAUGUGUUGUCCCUGCUCUAGUUGCAUGUUUGUCACUUUUAGGCUCCCGCAGCUCUGGUUGGCUGGCCGCCGUGGCUGGAGGCAAGUGUCCAACACUCGUCUCAGUUCUGGAUGGCCAACAUGUACUCCAAGGGCACCAAACGCAAGUUCUUUGACAGUGUGGACGCGGCGACGGACAACAAGGUGGCGUUGUACAGCCGGCAGCGCCAGUCCCUGCUGGACAUGUCUCUGAUCAAGCUGCAGCUGUGCCACGUGCUGGUGGAGCCCAACAUGUGCCGCUCGGUCCUCAUUGCCAACACGGUGCGCCAUAUCCAGAAGGAGAUGACCCAUGACGGUAGCUGGCAGUUGGUCACUGAGGUUUUCGGCGGCUCUGGCCCAUCUGACCACCUGGUGGCCACCGAGGUUUUGUGUCGGUCAUCGGCGCUGGAGCAGCAGGGCGGUGGGCCCAAGCUCUACUCUGUGAUGGGCUACGAUGGUUGCCGCGAGGAAGAAGUGGUAACGGACGAGGCUCUCUGUUCUGUGACAUUUAGCGACGGGGCCCCGGCCCUCUUGGGGACCAUCGACCACUGCUGGGACAGGGCAGAACUGAGAAUGGCGGCGGUAGAGGACCGGGUCAUCAAAGACUCCGGUUCAGAGGUCGAGUCUGGGCAGGGGGCUAAAACAGUGAUGGGGCAGGUGUUUGGGACGUUCGAGAUCAAAAAUGGCACCCCUGGGUCAGACCCGGCACUAGAGGAGCUGUUCUCAGCCGUUGAUGCCUCGUAUUAUGACUUGGACACCAUGCUCACAAGCAUUCAGAGCACCCCCAAGAUGGGGCCUUACAACCUUCUGGACAGCAUGGCCUCCUCCCAUGGCCCCGCGUCCAACUCCAGCUGUAGAACCGAUCUCAGUGAACUUGACCACAUUAUGGAGAUCAUUGUCGGCUCAUAGCUUAUAGACUUAAAACUUGACUGUUUGGUUGAACUUGUGCCUCUGACUUUUUGUCUUGUAUGUGUGAACAUACAGUAUCUACAUACCUUCCUCUGUAUGGAAACUGAGUGAUAUCCGUCUCCAUGCAAUGCCAUUUUUUUUAUUUUUUUAUCUGAGAGGUUAACAGUUUCUCAAGUUCACCAUACUUAUUUAUUAUGUUUACUUUGUAUUUCAAUAUGUACUCUUUUUGGUUUAAAUGAUUGUACCUAUUACACUACAUGAAUUCAGAGCAGCACAACAUUUACAUUAAUAAUCUUUUUUUUAAAGAAAAUAUGUGUAGUUAAAGUAUAUAUGUUUUACUAUAGAGACAGUCUGGGAAUUGUUCUCGCCUGUCUUUUUUAAUUUUUUACAUUUGUAAGCAAGAACGAUUGCACAAAAGCUCAAUGUGUGAUUAGGGACUAAUUUACCUAGUCUUUCACGGGUUUAUCUUUGGUUGUGUCUGAGCUACAAGAGCAAAUAGGCAUGGUUGAAAACGUGAAUUAUGUUCAGUAUGCUCACAAUGUGAUCUUGGUCUAUGGUUUGGUGCUAUAUGCACUAUGUACAGUAUUCCUAAUGAACACAUGGCCUUCUUGAGCCAGACCGUUCCAUCUUGCACUGCGGCUAGCUGUCACCUAGCAUGUGGUGCCGUUUGUUUGCUAUUAAAGUUACAUAUGUUCUUAUAUUGUCUCCUUACAAGUGAAUAAUUACAAUGGGUAUAUGUCAAAUUUUCUGUGAUUACUUAUUUAUUUAUUAAUUUCAAUCAUAUGGUGAUGUUCAACCUUGGCAAUACUAACGGUUGCAGAAGCUUUUCACCUUUCAAACAUCAAUUUGUAUUUGGUUUCUUGACUUUCUUUGCAUACUUUUAGUGAAGUAAUGACCUUAUUCAAACCAAUCUGAGAACGUGCAAAGAAUUGUGCUUUUCAGCUGACCUAUUCCAACAGAGUGGUUUAUUUUUACCACGUUCAAAGCCUGCACUCGGCCACAAGAUAAUAUUGUGAGUAAACAACUGAUUUCUGAUUAAACAGCCAUGAGGUGGGAGAUACAAACUCCCUCACGACGCCAGGACAGCGGAGUCAAUCACCACCUUCCGGAGACACCUGAAACCCCACCUCUUUCAGGAAUACCUAGGAUAGGAUAAAGUAAUCCUUCUCACCCCCCCUUAAAAGAUUUAGAUGCACUAUUGUAAAGUGGCUGUUCCACUGGAUGUCUUAAGGUGAACGCACCAAUUUGUAAGUCGCUCUGGAUAAGAGCGUCUGCUAAAUGACUUAAAUAUAAAUGUAGAUGCCAUGUUUCUUUUUUUUAUGAUGAAGUUGACAUGCAUGACAAUGAGCUUGAGAAGAUGAUGCUUUUCAUGAGUAAACUAGCAGUUUAUACCAUUUUUAAUAAAGGUUCCAAAAUCA